AUGGUAUUUCAACGUUUCUCCGUAUCCAGUGGAACUUACUAUGCAAAGAACAGCCAUCUUUAUCCUCUUGUAACCCAACGGGUCUCUUCGAUUGCUGAUAUCCAGUCUCCAAGAACUUCAGGUUUUGAAAUAAAACCGUCACACAUGCCUGAAGACGCUCAGAUUCUUUUCGUAAUUCUAGCUCUCUGUCAUACUGUUAGAGUCGAGAGAGAGAUUGAGACCAUCGACAAGACUACUGGAAGUUCAGGAAAAUUGGCAAGUGGAACAGGUUUUAAGCGAAAGAAGUUGAAAAAACCCCUAGAACUCAUUGCUGACAUCAAAUCACGAAGGUUACCUCCAAAAAGGCAGGCUAGUAUCAUGAGGAGAGCAUCUGCCAUGCAGUCCGCGGAGGCUGCGCUCUCCAGCUUGAGGCGAGGAAAAGGUGUGCGAAGGACAAAUUACGAUUACCAGGUGCGUUUGUAUAAUCAAUUACUAUCCAUUCUUCGUAAGACGAGUUGCAUAUUUUGCCAAAAAAUACACAGCUAA